CGCUUUGCUAAACCUGGACGACAAGAUGAGUGAUAGCGGAGAGCAAAAUUAUGUCGAUCGGGAAUCAAGAUCUGCGUCACGGAGUGGAAGUGCACGACAGUCUGGCAAGUCUGCAAGUCCGUCCCCGAAUCGCUCAGCUGCCCGAUCUCGUUCAAAAGAGGGAUCCAGACGUUCCAAAUCAAAAUCCCGAUCCAGAUCUCAUUCAAGGUCUAGAUCAAGAAGAGGUUCUCGAAGACAUUAUACAAGGUCACGCACUCGCUCUAGGUCUCGGAAAAGAUCAAGGAGCCGGUCACACAGUAGAGAAUAUAGAAGGCGUCACAGCCAUAGUCACUCUCCUAUGUCUUCUCGGCGAAGGCAUAUUGGAAACCGGGCAAAUCCAGAUCCUAACUGCUGUUUGGGAGUAUUUGGUUUGAGUCUAUAUACUACAGAACGUGAUCUGAGAGAAGUCUUUUCUAAAUACGGUCCACUUAGUGACGUUUCCAUAGUGUAUGACCAGCAGUCAAGACGUUCAAGAGGAUUCUCUUUUGUAUAUUUUGAAAAUGUUGAUGAUGCGAAAGAGGCAAAAGAACGUGCUAAUGGCAUGGAACUUGAUGGACGACGGCUACGUGUUGAUUUCUCAAUAACAAAACGGCCCCAUACACCUACACCAGGAAUCUACAUGGGAAGACCAACAUAUGGCAGUUCACGGCGCAGAGAUUCUUACGAUCGGGGAUACGACCGAGGGGGAUAUGACGACAGAGACUACUACAGCAGAUCCUACAGAGGGGGAGGAGGUGGUGGUGGAGGAGGAGGAGGAGGAGGAUGGCGUGGAGGACAAGACAGAGACCAGUUUUCUAGGAGGAGGUCUCCUUCUCCAUAUUAUAGCCGCGGUGGCUACAGAUCUCGCUCUAGAUCACGUUCAUACUCUCCACGUCGCUAUUGAAAGCUGGUGACUUGAUCCCUUCUAUGACAUGUUUUGGUAAACUACAAACUUGUAGGCUUUUUGUGCCGCCAUGAAGAUAUAAUUGCAUGUGUUUUUAUAGUCUGACUUGUGACUGCUACAAAUGUUUCUGUAGUUGCAGCAAUUUCUGUCAUUUUGCCUCCUUUUCACCCUCAAUAUCUGAGUUCAAGCAAAAAUAAAGCAAACUUUGAUUUUUUUUUUUUUUUUUUGUUUUUAUUCUUCCACAUUAUAUGAGCACUGAAUCUCUUCAUGCACGUAUCUAUGUAAAAGCAUUUUAGAAGCAGAGAUUGUUUAAAUGUGCUUUGGACUUAUGGCCCCAGUGACUUCAAUAUUCUAUUUUUAUAGCGUGAGGCUUAAUUAGCAGUUGGCCUCCUGCAGGUUUAUUUGCCUUCCUCUCAUCUGUUCCCCUUUUAUUAUGAUUAAUGUGGCUAAAAUGAACAUACCUAUUAGUAAAACUGCAUAUUAAAUGAUGUUUUAAGUACAA